CCGGAUAUUUACCCACCAUACGACAGUCGUUGGCGCCAAACAGGAGCAAAAAGGAUGGAAGACAAGGAAGUGGGUUACAUCACUAAACCUAUGAUCGAUGAUGCCACUGUGCUCGAUGAUAAACAGAGGUUACAGACCAAGGCAAAAUUGCACAAGCUGGGACAGGAAGCGGAGUUGGCCUUCUUGGAAAACAAAAGAGCAAGGGAGGAAGGAAAGAAGGAGGCCAAGAAAGUGGCAGAGGAAGAGGGAAGGAAGGACAACAGUGAACAACAGAGCAGGGAGAGCGUAGUUGAAAGGGAUCAUAACAUGGAAGAGAUGGAAGUAGGGGAGGAUGGAGGUACAUCCACUACAGGGCAGGGUAGGAGGGUGGAGUCGCAGUCCUCUCUUAAAAGGAAAAUAAGUGAUAGAGAGUCAACGAGGGGGGACAGUAUAAGCCAAGGGCCCAAAAGGACACACGCAGAAAGAGGGGAGGAGGAAGCCUCCUUACAGCCAGGGAAGGAUCAGGAUUCGGGCAAAGACGAAGCGGACCAAGGACACAGCAGUGACCAGGGAGAUGGGAUGGAAGCCACUCCCCAGGCAUCUGGGGAGUCCUCAUCCUCCUCAUCGAACCAUGAAUCAGGACGGAAUGAAACAGCAGCAGGCAGCAGUUCCACAACAGUCCCAACGGGUCAGAGCACAAGGGGAGCAACAGAGGAAACAGUAAGAGGGGUGCAGGAGGACAGGUCAGAGGAAGGAAUGGACAAGAUGUCACAGGACUUGAAUGAAGAAGAAGACGAAGAAGAGGAAGACAACGAUGAGGAAGAGUGGGAAGAUGCAGAAGGAGAAGAAGAAGAAGAAGAAGAACCAGAAACUCUGGCUCAGUGGAUCAGGACAUUCGUAUGGCCAAAAACAUACCAGCCACAAGGCUUGAAAAGGUCAGAGCAGAAACGCAUGAUGCAGCAAGAAGCGGCAAACAAAUCCAAAAGUGGGGAUCACGAAACAGACGAAGCAACCAACGGAAGAGAAGAGGAUGAACAGAUGGAAGAGGAGAAAAGACAGGCGGCAAUUCUGGAAGCGCAGAUCAAUGUUCUCAAGGAUCAGAACAGGGAGCUGGAGGCAGACACUAUAAACCUGCAGAAGAUUGCUUCCUCAUCGCACACGGACAUAAAAGCCGCAGCAAAGCUCUACGCGAGACACAACCCGGGCAAGAGAGUCAUCCUUCCUUUUCGCUGGAACAAUGGUAAUUCGGAUUGGGGAGUGUCUAUUCAAAAGUCGCUUGCACUACUCACGGUAAACGAAACCCAAUGUUCUCAGGAGGUGCUCAAGGAGUUGAUCUCUGACGACCUACCCAUGAAGGCACAAAUAUUGGGAAGCAUCACACGUGACAGGGAGGAAUGGGAUGACAAGGCUGGAGGUGGGUCUAUGGUUGACUACAGGCCUAUCAUGAUCAGAUUACAGGAGAAGGAUAGACUGGCGGAGGGUUUGGUCUGGAUGCCAUGGCAGGUGGUGGAGACAAUACCGUACGGUCUCUUGGGUGGGUUGGAGGCAGCUGAGUGGGUCGCGAGGGGGGCGGCAAUAGUCACCGGGACAGAAAUCUUCUCGUGGUUACCGGAUUACAUUGCUAACAAGAUAGCACCGCUGUCAAUAGAGAUAGAUUGGUCCCAAACAGGUUUUUGAGUAGGUAGUUCUACAAGGGGAAACAAUAAGGAACAUGACCAAUGGAGGAGGGUGUGAGGGAAGAGAUAGCUAAGAGAAGAAGGACUGGGACCAAUGUAGGAAAGAGAGAGCCAGAAAUCUCAAUCAUGUCAUGGAAUAUUAACGGGAUGGUACAGAUCUUGGAGAAUAAAGAUAAAUGUGACAAUGUAUUGAAGUAUUCAAAUUGGUUUGGAAGGAAUCCACCAGAUUUUCUAUGUAUACAGGAAACUCAUCUCACAGAUACACCGGAACAUCAACGUAUCCAGCACCGCAUCCUACAACAGCUAAGGUGGGUUAAAGCUAGCUUUUGGGCUACAGCGGCUAGAUCACACUCAGCAGAAAUAGUAAUAAUACAGAAUAAAAGGUCGUUGGCGGCAAACAAAAUAGUUAUACAAGA